AUGAUGAAGAUCAUUUCCGCAAUUUUGGCUGUUUUUGCAGCUGCGUUCUUUUUCAUGAACCAGGUUUACGCUGCUGGAGAUCUACAGGAACUCCCCGAAGUCACCCACAAGGUGUACUUUGACGUUGUUGCCGGUGACGAGUCAUUGGGAAGAAUCGUGAUUGGUCUUUUCGGCUCUGUUGUUCCAAAAACCGCUGAAAACUUUUACCAACUGAGUAUCUCUGAGGAUCCUAAAUUGGGAUUCAAGGGUUCAGCCUUCCACAGAGUCAUCAAGAACUUUAUGAUUCAAGGUGGUGAUUUCACCAAAGGUGACGGAACCGGUGGACAAUCCAUCUACGGAGCAAAAUUUGCUGACGAGAACUUCCAGUUGAAACACGACAGACCAGGUCUGCUUUCCAUGGCCAAUGCCGGCAAAGAUACCAACGGAUCCCAGUUUUUCAUCACCACUGUGGCCACCUCGUGGCUCAACGGAAAGCACGUUGUCUUUGGCGAGGUGCUUGAGGGUCUGGAUGUCGUCAGAAAGAUUGAGAACUCUCCAACUGGAUUCAGAGACGUUCCAAAGGUCCCAAUUAAGAUUGUUGACUGUGGUGAGGUCAAGGAUUCGGAGGAAUCAGAGGUCAAGGAUGAACUUUGA